AACACUAUAAGAAUACGUGGCCCGUGAUUCCUUGCAAUAGAUGUGUGUGUGUUGUUUAUAUUUUUUAUUGUCUAAUUUCGUAAAAAAAUAACCGAAAAACAAUAAUUAAGCUUCGCUCAAGAUGAUGAAUCCACAGUACCCACCACCUGGGCAAAACAAUAAUGCUCCAAGCAAUCCUUUGGGCUUCCCACCAUCUCAAGACUACAAUGGUGUCCAUAACGCGAAUGUGUAUAGCCAAUCACCUAACGGGCCACUGGAUAUGUCCAGAAAGAUGCAGAACAUGGACAUAAAUGGACCACAAGGGCAAACUCAAGGCCAAGGGUUUCCCAAUAUCCCUGUAUCUCAGCUGCCACCUGGUCAAAACCCUCCUAACUUUCCUCCAACAUCCAAUUACUCUGGCCAAUUGCCUCCAGGAGCCAAACCUUUUCAAGGUAGGCCUCCAGUAAGCAGCAAUCAGCAAUUCCCCCCUACCAUUAAUCAAAAUGUGCUUCCUCCUUCUUCAGCACCUGGUCCAGGCCCUCAGCCAAGUUUUGGCCAAUCUAACCAACCUGGGCAAUUUCCUCCAACUUCAGGUAGUGCCAAAUUUCAAGAGCCCCCUGGGCCUCAAAGACCUGGUCAACCCGAACAGCCUGGUAUGCCUCCUCAAAUGGGUGGCUCACAGCAGGGAUUCCAAGGCCCUCAACCUGGUCAAAUGAGAGGCCCUAGUCAACCAGGGAUGCAACAACCUUCUGCUCAAGGGUUUCCUCCCGGACCUGGUCGUGGACCUCAAGGACCUCCUCAAAUGCCUGGUCAAGGCCCUCCAUCAGAACCAGCCCCUAAUCAAGGCCAAUCUCAACAAAUGGCGGGCCCUCCCGGUGGAUUUUCACAAGCUGGGCCAAUGCCUAGCCAACCGGGACCUCCUCAGCCUUUGCAACAGGCAAAAUUACCACCUGGACCUGGAGGUGUACCUACCCAGCCUAGUAUGCAACAGGCUGGUCAGUUCAGGCCACAGUCUGGUUUUCCGCCGCAGCAAACUACAAACCAAUCUGGUGCGCCACCUGGCUUACCUCAAUCUGGUCAGCCAUCUCAGCCUGGCUUUAAUCAGCCCGGUAUACCACCUCAACCAGGCCAAAUGGGCCAGCGUCAACCUGGUUUACCUCCACACCCUAGCCAAGCUGCUCAAUCUGGAUUACCACCUCAACCAGGACAAAUGCCUGGGUUACCCCCUCAGCCAGGUCAAAUGCCAGGCUUAAAACAGCCAGGUCUGCCGGCACAACCUGGCAUGCCACAACCUGGAUUACCACCUCAGCAUGGUAUGCCGCAGAUGCCCGGAAUGCAACAUCAGGCGGGCAUGCCACAUCAGCAUGGCAUGCCGCCUCAGCCUGGUAUACCACAACCCGGAUUACCACCUCAGCCUGGUAUGCCUCAGCAGCCUGGCAUGCAACAUCAGCCUGGCAUGCCCCAACCUGGUCUACCCCCACAACCGGGCAUGCAACAGCCUGGCUUGCCGCCUCAGCCAGGAAUGCCACCAAACUCUCAGUACAAUCAGCAUCAACCAAUGCCUGGGCUUCCACAUAUGCCACCACCAUUAAACCAGCAGAUGCAGUACCAAACUCCCCCGGGAAGUCAGCCUGGAUAUGGGGCCCCUGCACAGCAACAUGCAGGUUAUCCUGGUAUGCCGGGACAGCCUCCACAGCCAAUGGCCGCUCAAGGCUACGCGCCCUUCCCGGCACAGCAGCCCAGCUACAACUCGCAGUACCAGCAGCCACAGCAGAAGAGACUCGACCCUGACCAAAUGCCGAGUCCGAUCCAGGUGAUGGCAGAUGACCAGCAGAACCGCGGGGGAGUGUUCGUGACUAACGACAAGGGUCUGGUGCCACCGCUAGUCACCACCGACUUCGUUGUAGACGACAAGGGAAAUGCCAGUCCAAGGUAUAUAAGGAGUUCCAUGUACAGCGUGCCGGUUACAGCCGAUCUCCUGAAGCAGACCACGAUGCCAUUCUGCUUAGUUGUCUCCCCGCUGGCGGAGCCGGUGGGCGCGGAGGCCGAGCCGCCGCUGCUGGACUUCGCGGCGCUGACGGGCGCGGCCGGCAUGGGCCCCGUGCGCUGCUGUCGCUGCAAGGCCUACAUGUGCCCCAACAUGAAGUUCCUGGACGCGGCGCGCCACUUCAAGUGCGCCUUCUGCAAGGCCACCUCCGAGGUGCCAAUGGAGUACACGCAAUACGUCAACAGUAUGCAGCAGUACGGCCGCCUGCCCGCUGAAAUGGCGCUCGGGACUUACGAAAUUGUCGCUACCAAAGAAUACUGUCGGAAUAACACGUUACCAAACCCACCUGCCGUCGUGUUCGUGAUCGACGUCUCCUACAACGCGAUCAAGAACGGCCUAGUGCAAACAAUAUGUGACAACAUUAUGGAUAUCAUCGAGGCGAUGCCGAAAGACGAACAGACGGGCAAGAGUUGGACGCGCGUUGGAUUUAUCACAUACAGUACAACUGUGCACUUCUAUAAUAUUAAGGGUACGCUGGCGCAACCGCAAAUGUUAUCCGUCGGCGACGUGGGUGACAUGUUUGUGCCGCUGUUAGAAGGGUUCCUGCAGACCGCGGAGGAGAGCGGGCCAGUGCUGCAAGCUCUGCUACAGCAACUGCCGGUCAUGUUCCAGAACAAUAAGGAAACGGAAACCAUUCUGUUACCCGCUGUGCAGGCUGGUCUAGAAGCCCUCAAAGCGGCGGACACGUCCGGCCAGCUGUUGGUGUUCCACACGUCGCUGCCCACGUACAACGCGCCGGGGAAGCUGAUCAACAGAGAAGACAGGAAACUACUGGGAACGGAGAAAGAGAAGCAGAUAUUGAUGCCGCAGACGACGGCGUACAACGAGCUGGGGCAGUCGUGCUCGGCGGCGGGCGUGUGCGUGCAGCUGUUCGUGUGCAACAACGCGUACGCGGACGCGGCCACGCUGGGCCAGUUGCCGCGCCUCACGGGCGGACAGCUACACAAGUACACGUACUUCGUGGCAGACACGGACGGCGCGCGGCUCGCGUGGGAUGUGAAGCGCACGGUGACGCGGCCCACGGGCCACGACGCGGUCAUGCGCGUGCGCACGUCGACGGGAGUGCGUGCUACGGAAUUCUAUGGCCAUUUCUUCAUGUCUAACACAACUGAUGUCGAAUUGGCUGCUAUCGACUCUGACAAGGCGAUAGGAGUGGAAAUAAAGCACGACGACAAGUUGACGGCGGAGGACGGAGUGUACGUGCAAGCCGCCCUGCUGUACACGCACCGCAGCGGCCAGCGCCGCCUGCGCGUGCUCAACCUGGCGCUGGCCGUGGCGCACCAGCUGGCCGACGUGUACCGCGCCACCGAGCUUGACACCUGCAUCAACUUCCUCACUAAGCAAGCUGUCUGGGCGCUCAGGGAAGCCACUCCAAGACAAGUGAGGGAAGGGUUGACGAGUAGAUGUGCCAAAUCUCUGGCUGCCUACCGAAGACACUGCGCCUCUCCGUCGUCGGUGGGGCAGCUGGUGUUGCCGGAAUCCAUGAAACUGCUACCGCUGUAUACAAGCUGUGUGCUACGAUCAGAUGCUAUAGCGGGAGGUCAAGACAUAACGUGCGACGAUCGCUCGUGCGCGAUGUACCGCGCGCUGACGGCCGACGUGUCACUGUCGCUCGUGUACACGUAUCCACGACUGCUGCCGCUCGACGGGCUGCCGUCUGCGCCGCCGCAACCCUUGCGAGCCUCCGUCGAUAAGAUGAGCGAGAUGGGUGUAUAUUUACUGGAAAAUGGCGUCCACAUGCUAAUAUGGGUGGGAUCGCAGGCGUCCAGCGAGUGGGUGAGCGAGGUGUUUGGGGUGGCGUCGCCGCAGCACGUCGACACGCACGUGUGCGAGUUGCCCGAACUCGACAACCCCACGAGCGUCGCUGUCAGAGACCUCGUGCUCCAAACGAGGAUCAAAAGAAAGAAUGCAAUGAGGCUAACGGUGAUGCGCCAGCACGACAAGCUGGAGACGGUGUUGCGCCACUUCCUGGUGGAGGACCGCGGUCGACGGCAGCUCCUCCUACGUCGACUACCUGUGCCACAUACACAAGGAGAUCCGCGCGCUUCUAUAGCACCCGCUGUACUGACUUGCCGACACGCGAAACCACUUUUACGGGCUCAAUUCCAACCGCCAUCCCCGGCCUUUGGAGUUCACCGCUGCACAGCUAGCGUGGGCGGGAGACAAUCGUAGAUUGUUCAACGAGGGGUUAAAGCGACAUUGCUUCACUUUAAGGGCGCCGGGAUAAAUCCCGAGUGUAGCGACGGUUUAGGGGCGCCCAAAACGAAGGCAGCUUUAACUCCGAGUUGAAUGAUCUACUUUUCACACCACGCGAUGCAAAAUCAAACUUUGGUGCGAUUCAAGUCUAUACUCUAUGGUUCGCGAUACACAGGCUCUGGUGAGUGACAGGGACGCCAUCAUACGUUAGAGCGAGAUAGCAAUAUUAGAAAAAUAGAUCUUAUUCAGAUACGCCUUAAGAUACAUUCCUUACCCGCUAAGCCUAUAGGAUGUAUCGAGGUACUCGACCUUUAAAUACUAGGCUAUUUAAUACGACAGCGUCGAGCGAGUGGUGUGAACAAACUAUAUCCCCCGAUUAUAUCCCCUGACAAGGCAUAUAUUUAACGCUUCCACCUGCCAAAGUUAGGCAACUGGGAAUAGGACCAGUUUACUCCCGUUUAUUAUUUCUCAAUUUUAUUAUAUGGAUAUUAUUUCCACACGUGCGCUAAUUCUAAGAGAGUUGAAAAAAGCUGUGAAUCCCAUCCUCUCCCCGGGAAGGAAAUGGUCUCCUGUCCCACGCUGCAUUUUCACCCCGGGGAGAGGAUAAGAGGACAAAAAGCUUUUGUCAAUUCUCCGUGCAUAACCAAAAUAGUUUACGCGAAAUCGGCAAAAAAAUUAACGCACAGAUUUAAGAUCCUCCAUCUUUUUAUAAGUGAGCUAAUCAUAUUAUUGCGUUACGGUCAUUUUCUUUACUAAAUCUAACGGUAAUAUCUUGAUAAGUCGCUAAGCAAUGUUGUUAUUUGUUUAAAAUUGUAUGGAUAUUGUUUGACAAUAACAACGUUACUAUAUCAUUAUUAUAAAAAUUAUUAUGAUAUUUUUUUAUUCCUGAGUAAUGUUAGCUUGCCCUAGUAUAGAUUUGUUCUUCUUGUUUGUAAAUAAAAAACCGGUAGUACACAAUUAGCGACUCUAACGUGAUUGAUAUUAAGUGUAUUUUGGUAUGAAGAUGAAUAUUUCAAUAUGAAGCGAAAUUUUAUGCUUAUUUUUAAACUAAAAGAAAGAAACGCCUUUAUCAAUCAGCUUUAAAGUCAAAGUCAAAGUCAAAAAUAUCUACAUUUAAGUAGGCCCAUAGAUGGCACUUAUGAUGAGUACAUUAAAUGAAGACCAUAUUAGUGAGAUGAUGGCGAUAACCCUUUUCUUCACCCACCGCUGCGUGAAGAAGACCAUGACGAGAGCCAUGUUGACGGAUCGUUAAUAAACAAUUCCUGGUUGAUAUAAAAAACUGUGCUUUCACGUCAAAGUAAAUUGAAAGUUAUUUUACUUAUUUUAGAGUUGCUAAUCCUACCAACUCUAUUGAGAGAGCUGCCUUAAUAUUUGUUGUCGAAUUUGAGCUUUAACAUAAGGUUGAUAAGUUCCAGUUUACGCUGCCACUACAGUGUUUUGAUAUGCGUAAACAGAGUAAUAAAUCUUGUAAGAGUACAGACCAAAGUCCCCGUUGUCCUGGAGUAAGGUGCAAUACGAUUCCAAGGUGCAUAGUGAUAAUUCAAAUGUAAGAGAAACAGUCCCUAAAAGUAGUGUCACGUUAAAACAAGUGCCUUACUACGAACGCUUAAAUUAUUAUUAUUUUAAUAUUGCUGAUGUUUUGUUUCUGAAUUAUAAUA